GGCAGAGCGCUCAAAUGCAGUGAUGAUAUGGCAUUGUGGUAAUGUACCAUGCUAGCCGCUCUGCAUAAUCCGUCCUACCCAUCAAUUCCGGACCUGGAUUUCACCUUAUCAUCACCAUUUCCGUCAACACGUUCGCCAUAGGCAUUCUGCCCUUUACGACGCCAAUGACGUUCUCAGAGCCACAGCAGCCGUCUGUGAGCUUCCAUGAUAUCUCAAUAUUGCCAUAGCCCAGGUCAAUCUUCCCAAGCGCCAACGCGACUCUCAACGACGAGGGCCCACGCUGGGUCCCCGAACUCGAGUAUCUUAUCUUCCGGGUUCACAUCGCCAACUUUACCUUACGAUUUGAAUCUAUCAGCAUGGAUGCCGCGAUGGACGAGGGAAGCGCGAGUCCGUCACCCCUGACCAAACCGAAGACUCGUUCCCUAUCCGACAGCAACAGCACACCGAGCAAACUAUCCCCAUCGCCCUUUAUCAUCGAAGCAACCCAUCGCGCCUCGAGGGACGAUAGCAGCAUUCCCCCGGCCAGCAAUGCUCAGCCCGUGACGCCGCGCCGGCCUCAGGCGACUGCAAGUAGCGCCUUUGCCCUUCACAUGCCAUUGUCGCAUCACGCAACGCCUCCGGCGCCGCCUGCAUUCACCGGGCUGGGAUCAGCCAAACCUGUGCCCCUGUCGCCAAAGCUUGACCAGGGGCAUACGUUUGCUUCGCCGACAAAUAUUCUACCCAGAAGAUCCAGGGGCCUAGACUUCUCCCGCGCCGCGACAAGCUUACACCACUCCACAUUGGCGGAACAGUCAUCUCCGGAUUCUUCCCCUACGAUGGGGGGCAAGUCGAUGGCAAUCCCAGGCCGACGGGACAACUUCUCCAGAGGACCGGAACAGACGUCUACAUCCCUCUGGUCGAUGAUGGGGAACCAAGAAAAGACCAACCUCAGCCAUUCCCUGGGCAGCACACGGGCCAUGUGCUCAGAUCUGUCGAGCUCGUCCGACGACGACGAUAUCAUGGAUGAGGACACAGACGAGGCAUACGUGACAACGCCCCAGGUAUCCAGGACAGCGGAACCGACCGGCAAUUUUGGAUCGCCGGCGAUGGGGAGCCUGAUGAGCUUCCAGCAGCGGCAACGGGGCAGGAAACCAAUCAAGAAGAAGGGCAGAGGUACAGCAGGACUGGGGUUCAGCCAUCAGGGUGGGGGAUCUUCACCGCCUCACGCGUCCGCCGCCAGAAGGGAGAGCAUUAGCUGGCAGGCGAAACAGCUUCAUAUCUCGGGGAUGGACGCCGACGAGCACGGUAAACCUAUUGAUGCGGAUGGCUCGGGCGAUGGGCAAAGGAGUGUUGUACGCCGACCCGUCACCCGACGAGGCAACCUGCUGCCCAAGACGAAGACCUUUGCCCGCAUCAGAGCAGCCCUUUUCGAAGAGAAUGCGCCCGCGGAAACAGAGACACGGCGUGAAGCCGAGGUCGUCAAGCAAGUGCGCGAGAGCGAUGUGCCAGACCUCGAGCCUCGGCGACCCCCCAUACAACAGCAGCCACUGCCCGAAGUGCCGCCCCCAGGUGGCCAUGCCCCGGUAUCAGCUCUCUCGUCGCCCGCUCAAGAAACUCUGGAUGAUAUACCCGAGGGCGACCUGAUGGGCGAUCUCGCGGCGGGGCUGUCCAGCAGCUUCAAGCAGCAUGCCAUGCGCAACUCGAAAGGCAAACACUUCUGGGACACUUUUUCGGAGACAAGCAGCGUCGCGGGCCAAAAAACGCCGCCACCACCCAACAACGGCCUACCUCGCGGCUCAUCGUCCGGCAUCAGUGAGGAUGUGCCCAUGGACUCGCCUUCGGGCGGGGGCCCUCUACAUGCACAAACCCCAUAUCCGGGUCAGCCGCCUACUGCGACUGAGAUCACACGUCGCAUCAAUAGCAAGCGUCGCCGCGAUGACGACUUUGAUCCCGUGAGCCUCAAGCGCCGUGCUGUUAGCCCUGGCCUGAGCGUACAUAACUCACCGCUACCUCAGAGCCCGAUGCAACGCGAUGUUGCACCUUGGGGCUCACGGCCAGGCAGUAACGGCGGUGAAAAGGCAGGGAGUCAGAGCGCGCCCAGCGACUCGGGAAGCACACCCGGUGCUCAGCAGCAGAACACGACGGGAACCAAUAGUGCCGGGAGUCGUGUCAAUGGGAAGGGCAGGAUCGGGUUUCAGGGCAUGACGGAUACGCAUGAUGGUCUCAUGCGGAUGAGCAUAGAAUAGGCGUUUCUGGACUUUUGUUGCGAGCAUUGCAAGGGCGUUCUGCUGCGGACUUGGGACUGAUUUUUACUAUUGCUACGAGAUGGAUGAGCAAUGGACGGAGCAACACUAGCAUCAUGGACCCAAAUGAGCGAGG